AUGAACAACAUUCCCGCACUGCUGAACCACUUGGACGCUAAUAGAGAGUCGCCCACCUUGAGCUUGGCGUACGCGUCCAUCUCGGAUGAAGGCAUCGUGGAGGUGUCGAAGUUCCUGCGGGACAAUCCCUUUGUGAAGUACUUGGACCUCCGAGGAAACAAUAUCCAAGCCAAAGGGGCCAUGGCUCUGGCCAACGGCAUCAAGAUCAACAGAUCUUUGCGAAGUCUGAAUUUGAAAUGGAAUGCCAUUGGAAAAGAUCCCAGUGGCUUGAAUGCCCUUUGCGAUGUCCUGAAGUCGAACCUGACUGUCGGACAUGUCGAUCUUCGAAACAAUCGUGUCAACAAUGUGGGUGCAAAAUACAUCGGCGAGAUGUUAGCAUCAAACACAACGAUCACGCACUUGGACCUGUCUUGGAAUGACCUGGGUGCUGAUGGUGGUCUUGCACUUUUAGAAGGCCUGAAGCACAAUAGCACUGUCCUGGAUUGUCAGCUCAGUGGUUCCAAGGUUGGCGAGGAGACGCUGCACGAGGUUGCAUUUCUGCUUCGAAGGAAUAAAGCUUCUGCAGCGUACAAAGCGAGCUCGAACUCGACUGGAGCACAAAUGGCAGCAGCCGAUUCUAAGACAGCCACCCUUGGAAAGCCUGUCGCUACUGGUCGAGGUCAGGUGGACCGGAGCCAAGCACAAGCAGAGACCAAGGCUCCAGAAGCAGAAGCCUUGCCUCCAGCAAAGAAGGGCCCACAAGCGAAAGCGAACUGGACACCAAAGGACAGUAGUACGUUGAUGCUACGGCUGAUGAUGAAGGAGAGGGAGCAGGUUCUGCCGGAGGACAAGGUCUUCUACCAGCAGAUCGCAGAGCACAUCGACAAGCUUCUGUUGGAGACCUCGAAGCACAAGCAGGGCAGAGUCGAUGGCGAAGAGAGAGAAAAGCUGUCGACAACUGGCUUCCUAGAAAGAGAGCAGAGGUAUAUAAAAGAAAUCCGACAAACCGAAGAAGCUCUUCAAAGAGUCAUCAGUGAGAAGGAGUUCUCGCAGAAAGAACUGGCUGCCAAGAGCGUGUCUCUCAACCAGCUGAACGAGCAGAACACCUCUGCAGUGCGCGAGUCCAUUGUCAUGCAGGAGCGCACAGCUGCAGAAGAACAGCAGCUCAGAAAGGAAUUGCGGGAGCUCCAAGUCGAAAAGAAAGACCUUCAGGACAAGUUGGCUCUGAACGUGAAAGACUUGGAACUCCUGGAACAGGACUUGGCAGUUAUAUGA